CCACCCCCAGCUCACGUGAGGCUGAGCAGACACUGUGACAGGAAAGGGUUAACCAGCGGCUUCCCGUUUCAGCUGCUGGACCGGCUUCCUCUUGAGUUAAGUUCCACGUUUGCAGAAACAAAGGCGCUUGCACUUUGCAUACAAAGAGCGGAGAACUGACAGCUACCUGACCGACAGAUGUGAAAUGGAAGAGACCCCUGAAAGUGAUCGGCCGCCGAAAGAAGAGACCCCCGAACCUCUGGCUCAAGCUCGGGGUUCGGACACACUGGAUUCAGGCACGGAGGGCUCCGGACGACUGAUUUCUUCUACGGCUCCCACCAGCGUCAAGGGGAGACCCAGCAAAAGGGUAACACGUGGCCCCUUCGUAAAGCUGGCGGACUGUGCUCACUAUCACUAUGAAAAUGUCAACUAUGGCCCGAUCCAGCUUUGUCUGUCCGACUCUCGCGCAGAGGAUUCCAGUGGUAGUGAAUCGGAAGCUGUUUACAUUGUGCAAGUCACAUGUCAGGGCCGUACCUGGUCUGUUUUACGGAGCUAUGAAGAUUUUCAGGUCCUUGACUCCAACCUUCACCGCUGUAUUUUUGAUAGACGUUUCUCUCAGUUGCUUGAACUACCCCCUCGCCGCGAACUUCCAUCUCAGGGCCAGCUCCUGGCUCCACUACUUUCACGAUAUUUGAAGGCUCUUUCUGGAAUUGUGGACAGUAACAUUAACUGUGGCCCUAUUCUCACCUGGAUGGAGAUUGAUAAUCACGGUAACAGGCUCCUCGUUAAUGAAGAGGCGUCGAUCAACGUUCCUGCUAUUGCCGCCGCACAUGUGAUUAAACGCUACACUGCCCAAGCGCCGGAUGAACUUUCCUUUGAGGUCGGAGAUAUUGUGUCAGUCAUUGAUAUGCCCCCGCGGGAGGACACUAGUUGGUGGAGAGGAAAACACAGCUUCCAGGUGGGCUUCUUCCCCAGCGAGUGUGUCCAGCUGAUCACAGACAGUAAGAGUCCGCCGCCGGCUGCAGAAGGUGAUAUAAAGUUGUCCAUCACAUCUCCACAUGGCUCCAACGUUCCUAGACCAGUGUGUCGUCGCCAUGGAAAGCUGGCGGGAUUGUUGCGCAGUUUUAUGGCUUCCAGGCCAAGCAAGCAACGCUUGCGACAACGAGGGAUCCUCCGGGAGAGGGUGUUUGGGACUGACCUGGGAGAACAUCUGCUGGAUUCUGGGGAAGAAGUACCUAGAGUCUUGGUCUCCUGUGCUCAGUUCAUAGAAAAAUUUGGAGUAGUGGACGGGAUAUAUCGCCUGUCGGGUGUCUCCUCCAACAUCCAGAAACUCCGACAUGAGUUUGACAGUGAGAGGAUUCCGGAUUUAUCUCGGGACACGUAUUUGCAGGACGUGCACUGUGUCAGUUCUCUGUGUAAACUCUACUUCCGUGAGCUCCCCAACCCUCUGCUGACGUACCGGCUCUAUCAUCCCUUCACUGAAGCAAUGUCCGCCCCUGCCGAAGAAGAGAAGCUUAUUCGUGUCCACGACCUCAUCCAGCAGCUCCCUCCUCCACACUACAGGACACUUGAGUACCUGAUGAGGCACCUGUCCAGUCUCAGCAUGCACAGCGACCGGACCGGCAUGCACGCACGGAACCUGGCCAUUAUCUGGGCUCCUAACCUUCUGCGGUCUCGGGAAAUGGAGUCUGUAGGGACACCAGGAGCUGACGCAUUUCGGGAGGUCCGGGUACAGUCUGUGCUGGUGGAGUUCCUGCUAUGUCAUGUGGAGACUCUCUUUAGUGAUACAUUUACUUCUAUUGGUCGCUGUGGACCGAUAAGACCUCGCUCUCUGAUGGGCAGUUGUCCAUCAGGCCGCCUUGUAAGUUUACAAGAGGCUCAGGCACGGAGUCAGAGUCAAAGGGAAGCAGCAGAGAAACUGGGAGCAGACAAAAUUUCACCCAACAAGCAUGAGAGGGCGCUAGAGAGCAGUGACGAAAGGAAAGGUCCACGUAGUAGGAAGAAAUCUGGUGGUGGCAGCAGCUGGAGAACAUUCUUUGCUAUAGGCAAAAAUUCAUCGCAGCAGAAGAAAUCUCGCUCUGGAGGUCUCCGAGAGACAGCCGCCCACCAGAGAGUCUUGGAAACUGUGACGUUGCGUUCAGCUAAGAGCGAGGAGUCGCUGUGUUCUCACACCAGUGUAACUGGAUUUCACCGGGCCUCACGUCUCCGGCGGCCACGUUCAACAAGCGACGGCCUCACCUCUCGGCUGCCUCAUUGCCGGUCGGCAGAAAGCCUGGCGCAGUCAUCCCCUUCUCCCCCUGGCGUGCCAUCCCCUCCUCCUACAUCAGGCCGUCCCCAGUCAGCAUGGAUUGAAGAAGACCUGGACUUGUCGCCGCCGCUCCCCGAGAUGGACGGUCUUGGUUUUGACCCUUUAUCUUUCCGCCUUUCGUUCUCUGACCACGAAGAAGGGAAGUCUCCUACAAUAGUCAAAGCAGAAGUGACCAGCCAAGGCCAUACCCUACCGCGCCGACUGAGUCUUUCUCCUACCGGUGGCUGCUCCCCGUCCCCCUCUCACAGCCCGCCUGAGCGCUUGGUCACAGACAUGGAUAACCAGGCUCCCCGGAGUCUGUCUCCUCCUCCUCAGAUGUUGAACUUGCUGCUUCAAUCCUGCCAACUGCGUCUUGGCGAGGCCUGUCAGAAGGAGGCGAAGGGAAAAGUAACUGCGGCCCCUAGCCAAGAAGAUGCCCCAAAGGGAGUGACGCUCUCUCCACAGCAAACCGCUCGUGCUCCACCGAUGUCUGUCAUGCGACAGCUUCCACCUCCUCCACCCCCAAAAGAUCCCGCUCGGCUUAUGGCUUUGAAGUUGGCAGAGAGCGCCCAGCGCGCCCUUCAGUCUUCAGUAUCCACCGGGACUGUCCCUGCAAAGUUGUCACAGAGAUCAGCACCCCCGCACCCCUCCACCUCAGUAUUCAGACGUUCCCUGUCCAUGGAGUGCAGUGAGAGCUCGGCGCCAAAGGAGGGUCCCCUGUACUCCGAGCUGCGACCACCAUUAAUCAGGCUCAAUGAGAAAAUCGACACCCAACAACGGCCACCGAGACCCCAGAUGCACACUACUAUGGCACCAGGCUCCACCCCAGCAGAUCUCCGAAAAAUGGCCCCAGCAGCCACCCCUCUUUCCAGAGCUCCUCGUCUACAUACAAGGUCUGGCAGCCUUCCUGCGCCUCCAGGUCUUUUUCCUCCACGCACACGUCCACCCCCAUACAGAUUUCCAGAGGAAGGACCUCGGAUGCCUCCACAUCGCUCUGCUCCUCCUUGGCCAGAACCAGAGGGCCUCUAUUACGAGAUAUUGGGAGACCCUCCACAUAUGGCACCCUUCAAUGCCUCAUAUGGAUUAAUUCAAACCCCUUGGCCUUACAUGGCAUCACCUCCAUCUCAUCACCCUCAUUCUGUACCUCCACCUGCCUGGUAUGGGCGGCCUCCUCCACCUCAACCAGAGCUUUUGAGUUAUCAGCGUUGGGACAGGACGCCUCCCGCACAUUUGCGCUCAUAUAUUGUAGGGGGAAGUGUCCCAUAUCCGUAUAUGGGGACCGCUGAAGGUAGAGGUCAAGCUAACAUUUCCCGACCUCACCAACAAGGGAGAAGAGAGGAACCAAUUUAUGUUAAUCUCCCCCCAAAAGCAGAUAUAGGUAGCCAUUUCCAGGGCAAUAGGGACCCUGCAGAUCCAAAACCAGACCUGCCGCACAAGCAGCGUCCUGGCCAACCCCCUAGCAUAGGAAGGCAUGAAAGCUUUGUAGACCCUCAACCCACAAAACAACAGCACAACCCCCAACCGUUAAGAAGGGAGGGGUCUCUUGGCUUUUUUCGCCCACCUCCUCACACUGCGAUGUGGGGCACACAACCUAAAUACCAAGAGGCUACAGAACCUCCAAUUAUCACUUAUGAGACUCCUGAAGGAGGGGGCCAGAGAAUGAGCUAUGUGGCCCCACACUGUAUGCUGUCAGAGGGAGGGACACUGUAUGGAAACCUGGAGCAAAGAGGACCUCCACACAGGUCUGCCACCCCCGCAGGAUUCAUGGGUUCUCCCUGGACGGUUCACACAGAGGGGCAAACUAGGAGUUACUGUUGAGAAGAACUUAAGAGAACCCAUGUUCUUGUAGAUUUCACUAAUGUCAAAUCACUGAUCAGAACUUGGUCCCUUUCUAGACACGCCCACGAGGAGCCAGAAACCAAACACUAAAUCAGCUGUACUGAACUCUUGACCUGUUGUGUGUGUGUGUAGUGGUCCUGUGUGGGGAAUAGGAAACAAUUUUGCGUCAAUUUAAAAAAAAAUAGCAAAUAAUUAUUUCAUCUCGACCCCCCAGUCACGUUUAACACAUGGACAAUGUUACAAACAUUCUUCAUGGUCCAUGGAAAGCACUGCCAUGCAUGGGUUAAUGAUAAUAGAUGACCUCUCCCAGCAGACAGAUCCUCCCUUGCAUUUAGCCAUGUCCAUGACCGCUCCAAGGGUUGCAUGAGAUGGGCAGGAAGUGGGUAGAAAAGCAAAUUAAAACUUGGAUUAUGCCCAGCAUUAAAUCACUUCCAUGGACUGUAAUUAUUUAUUAGAUUUUUGCAGUAUGAAUUAUUGCACUCGGAUGAUUGUAAUCACUUGGUUCUAUUGUCCUUCUGCCAUGCAGGGGGCUGUAAUAUGUGCGCAGUUCAUUGUAGUUGUAUUAUGACAUAAUUGUAUACACAAUCAUUUACUCCUGGCUUAAACGGGCACUUACUGGCACUUUUUCUUCGUCUCCCAUAGUGCCUUA